CAUAAAGUGGGAAUACGUUGUCACUAGAAUUUUUAUUAAUAGACAAAAAAGUGCGAGGUUGAGACAUCAUGUAUGUGUCCAACGGGCUUUAGGACCCGGAGUGGACUUCCCCUGCGGCAUGAGGAAGUUGAAGCGUAUGCUGCUUGCCAACUGCCUCCUGCCCCGGUGAGCAUGGCUCAGGGGGCCACAAGGGGGCGACGCUACUUGCGCGCCUUUGUGAGUGGCUUUUUUGUGGCCGUGCCCGUCACCGUUACCGUCCUAGACCGCUUGGCGUACGUGGCCAGGGUGGAGGGUGUGUCCAUGCAGCCGUUCCUGAACCCGGAAGGAGCGUCCGAGUGCGACGUGGUUCUGCUGAACCGCUGGAGUGUCAGGAAGUACGACGUCCAGAGAGGAGACAUUGUGUCCAUCAUGUCUCCCAGGAAUCCCGAGCAGAAGAUCAUCAAGCGCGUCAUCGGCUUGGAGGGAGACUUCAUCAGGACUCUGAGCUACAAGAAGCGACAUGUGCGCAUUCCCGACGGUCACUUGUGGAUUGAGGGGGACCACCAUGGGCACAGUCUGGACAGCAACACCUUUGGCCCGGUGUCGCUGGCGCUGCUGCACGGCCGCGCGUCUCACAUCAUUUGGCCUCCGGGCCGCUGGCAGCGCAUCCGAGCCCUUCUCCCGCCAAACCGAGCGCCACUCGUCACCCACGAGCACCACCGUGACGAUGACGACCAGUGAACGCAUCACAAAUGAGGCGCCUACUUUUGAGCGCCUCCUGCUGGCGGGAGGCUCUGUGUUCACGCUGACAAGUCAACUCGUCACAUUUGCUUCCGACCCGGACCGCAUUCGCGUCAACUCGUUUGCUUCUUUGAUGGAGAAGUUGUUGUUGCAUCGCCAUCGUGACUUGUUUCUUUUUAUCAGGAGGUUUAGAAAUUUGAUCACGUUUGAUCAGCAUCACUUUGACUUUUUCUACACCAACACCUCACUUUUCCUGACAAUGAAUAAAGUUGACAUGACGACAGCUCAUGAAACUAAA